AUGAUUCCUUCUCCCACCGUCCCUGCCAACGUCGGCGACUUGAUCCCAGACGUCACUAUGGCAGUUUUGGUCUCUGUUCCCAUUCCACCUCCCGAGGUCGACAUUUUGGCCAAACUCGCCGAAAGCGCAUUGAAUGCCUUCCCCUCAAUUCUUAUGCACAACCUUCAAGGUAUCCAUAGCAUUUACUCGUCAGCCAUCGCUGCUGCUGCCACUGCUAUCCCUACACCGGUCGUAUACAUCACCACCGAGGAUGGCAAAGAGUGCACAAAGACUUCCACACCGGCCACACCCUUCUUGCCAACUGAUGGUGUCAUCAAAGCACUCUCGAUCUUGAUGAGCGCACUGCCCAACCCAACGGGCGUGCUGCAAGAGGUGACGAGUGUAGUUGGUGGUGUCACAUCGAUCCUGAAGUCGAUACGUCUCUGCCACGGACACAACGGUGCUCACGAGAUCUGCUUGACACAAAGCUGGUCGAACGGGGGGACCUCUUCUAAAGUGACACCGCUUCAGAAAAGCAGCAUCGGGGCGCUACUUGCUGUUCCGCUAGCUCGAUAG